CUGAUUCAACAACUUCCUCCUUUUCAGUGUGAGAGAACUUGUGAGAACUGGAGAGAACAGGAUCAAAAUCUCAGACUUUCUUUCGUUUAACAAAAUGACUGCAAUGACUUACAUCCUCGUCUAUGUAAUAGCAAUACUACUGUCCAGGGUCUAUACACUAGAAAAAGUGCAAAAAAAUAUUGCGUGCCAUGUUAUUGAAACACAAGAUGGCUUCAAAUUCCCGCUCGAGUGUCCUGCUGGAAAUGAGAUUGCUGCGUAUCGAGAUAAGAUAAAGAUUGCUAUUGUUGAGCCUUCAGGCCAAAAAAAACAUUCGCCUGAAGUGAUGAGCAUCGAUGACAACUCUAUCGUCACAAAAGAAUGCAGAGACAUUCAAAUAAAUUGCUUGAUUUAUGGUGAGGCUGUGAGAGAGUCCUGGUUCUAUUAUAAAACAGACAAAAAAAGGCCCAAAAGAUGGAGUCAGACCUCUGACGACAGAAACAUUUCCUGCCCUGACAUCACAACACAAGGUGGCUUCAAAUUCCCCCUCGAGUGCCCUGUCGGAUCUGAUAUCACUGUGCAUCGUGAUAAGAUUACGAUUGCCACUGUCAUUGCGGGCAAAAAUCCAAACCACUCUUCUGAAGUGGAGAGCAUCGAUGAAGGCUUCAUCAUAAUGAAACAAUGCAGAGAUAUUCAAAUACAUUGCUUCAGUGAGAGUGACCAGCAUAUGAAUGAGUCCUGGUUGAAUUAUAAAACAGCUAAUGGAGAAUCUAAAGGCGAAGGAAGGAAGGGUAUUGAUCCCGGUUUCCCAAAAGCCUGGACCAUCGGCUUAUCAGUGGCUGCCGUGAUAACACUCGGGAUCAUUGUUGUUGGGCUGUUUGUGUACUUGAAGUAUAAUUCAUGGAAAAGGAAAAUCACUGAGGAGCAACAAGGUGCAGCUACUGUUUCUGGCUUUAUUAGACACUUAAGUGUUUCCAUUGGUUUCCGGAGCAGAGAAACUGGGUCCCAUGAUGAAGAGCGUGGACAGAGUGAGGGGAUCAGAAUGGAAAACAUCCAACCUCCCAGUGUAGAGGAUACUCACAGUAUUGAUUCUGAGCCUGAUGGACUCACGCCUCAUGCAGAUCGUCUGGACUUGCACGACGAGGGAAUCCAAAAGGGACACAACACGGCCCCUGAGGGAGCCUCUCAUUAUCGAGCUAUGAACAGGAACUUGACAGGUGAUCCAGGAGGAGUGAAUGAUGUUAAAGAUGAUGCGAGAAUCGGGGAAAUAAACAGUGAAUGUUUACCUCGUGGUUCUGCAGCCCAUGACACAGAAGAGCAACCUCUGCUGUCGGCUCAGCGAGUGAACGACCGAGGGUCUGACGUGACAGGUGAAAGUGCAGCUUUGUUGAAAAGCGGCGGCGGCACUGACCAAGACUUUGAUGCAGGAGCUGAACUAGACACUGACGCGGAGUUAGUGCUCAAGUUGAAAAACAGCUGAAAUAUUGUUCUGCUUAGUAAUAAUAAUAAUAAUAAUAAUAAUAAUAAUAAUAAUAAUAAUAAUAAUAUAACAUGUAUUAUAUAAAUACAACUGUAGUUUUCUCAAGAGUCUGUUUUGGGUACAUUUACUGGCAAAGCUUUUCAGACAAAUUCAAGCACCUUUUGACCAACAAAGCCUCUCUGCCUGUUUUCAGUGUUAGAAGAUACAGUAUACAUGUUUUGUUUUUUACGUAUUAUUGCUACUGUACUGUCUGAUGAACUUUAGUCAUUGCCCUAAACAUUACAUCAGAUAAUGGGAGCUUUGUUAUUGAGAGUAUUAAAUGCUUUUCUUGAUAAAAUAAUGGGUGGACCAAAAAAAACUAUAUAUAUAUUGUCAGAAAAUGUUCCCAAUACACAGCUUUGAGAUAAACUUAUAUAUAACAUGUAUUCAAUAAUGUACAGUAUAAAUAAAUGCCUAGAAACCACACAUAUAAUAUACCUAUACACAUUUUCUAGGUUAAACGUAUGUAUAUGUAUGUAUUUCUUUCCUGCCCUUGUUGGCCUGUGUUUCCUACAUUGUCAUCAUGAUUAUAAUGACAUAAAUAUUCUAUGUGUUGAUUUAAAGGUCUGUUUGGUGAUGGUAUGUUCACGGUGUAUUGCUUGUUGUAGUUGCUUUCUGUUGUAGUUACUUCAAAGUACAUGUCCUACCUAUGGUAUUUCAGUGAAUUUGGAAGAAUUUCACUGUCUGGCUGUUUCUGGCACGGUUUCUGAAUUGUUGAAUCCAGAGCUGCACGUCAAGUAUCAAACACAUACCACAUGGGGGCAGUAAUUAGCCACAAGUGCACUGCACUGACGUCCAGUGGCGACAUUAUAUCUAGUUUUAUUGAGAAAUGCAAUGGAUGCAUAAUUAUUCCUGAUUUAAACUGGUUUAAAAUUCUCAACUGCAGUAACAUCCACAAAAUGCAUAUCCUAUUUUGUAUGAUGCUGUAUAUUUUUAUAAUCAAGUGCUCUGGGUGGAAUGAAUGAACAUGCUUUUGUUUCAAUAAAUACAUUUUAAUAUC